CGGCCGGAAAUCGACAAGCUUCUGCGUCUCCGAGGCCUGCCUGUGGCCCAACACAAGUUGCAUUUGAACUUUCACAGAUUAACUGCUACGCCUCAUCGGAGAUGCCUCGGGUAUAUGUCGGCAAGCUUAGCUACCAUGUUCGAGAGAAAGACAUUCAAAGAUUUUUUAGCGGUUAUGGUAAAUUACUAGAGAUCGACCUGAAAAAUGGGUACGGCUUUGUAGAGUUUGAGGACAUGCGCGAUGCUGACGAUGCUGUGUAUGAACUGAACGGAAAGGAGCUGUGUGGGGAGCGAGUCGUCAUUGAGCAUGCCCGUGGACCCAGGAGAGAUGGCUACGGCUAUGGGGGACGCAGUAGCGGUUACAGCAGCUGGAAUCGCUCCGGCAGGGAAAAGUACGGGCCACCUGUACGCACUGAACACCGCCUCAUUGUGGAGAACCUGUCAAGCAGGUGCAGCUGGCAGGACCUCAAGGAUUUUAUGCGGCAAGCAGGUGAAGUAACCUAUGCUGAUGCUCAUAAAGGCCGCGCCAACGAGGGCGUCAUUGAAUUUCAAUCCCGUUCAGACAUGAAGCGAGCCCUGGAAAAGCUAGACGGCACUGAUGUUAAUGGGAGGAAGAUUCGUCUGGUGGAAGACAAAACACGGCGCAAGCGCUCUUAUUCUGGCAGCAGAUCCAGGUCUCGCAGCAGGAGGCGCUCUCACAGCCGCAGCCGAAGAAGCAGGAGCUCUCACAGCCGUUCCAGGUCUCGCUCACGUUCUCAGUCUCGCAGCAAGCGCAGGUCUCACUCCAGGUCAGGAUGGAAGUCACACUCCAGAUCAAAGAGAAAGUCUAGCCACUCUAAAUCCCCAGAGAAGUCUCGCUCACGCACCCGCAAAUCACACAGUCCCUCCAAGAGCAAAAGGUCCCGCUAUCGCUCAGACGCUCGCAAGUCGCGCUCCAAGAGUGGGUCCAAAGUCAAAAUGGAGCGUGAAUCCCGAAGUCGUUCCAAGGAGAAAUCUUCCAGUAAGAAGUCUCGGAGCCGCUCGCGUUCACACUCAGAGAGUAGAAAUGAAAAAAAUGGCUCCAAAUCUCCUCUUGGCAAGGACCGUCCGCUCUCCAAGUCCCCGCCAAAGCACUCUGUGUCCCGCUCCAGGUCUCGCUCUUGAUCCUGGUCAGUCUCCCAAGACUGGCUAUUUCUGUAAUAUUGUACUGAACAAAAGGUAUUGAUAGUAGACUUCCCAGGCCUGUGUUUGAUGUGUUUUGAGGUGUGGCCAGUUAAAAAAUGAUUUAUACCUUUUGGAACAACUUGGGAGGUCAUUAAAUCUAUUUUUCUUGAUUUUAGUUUUUCUGUAAAAUGAUUAUCAGAAAACUAUUAAAGGGGAUUACUGAAGUUGUUGUAACUCUUUGUGCAACAGUAUUUCUCUGGUUUUCAUAAAGUCUAAAUGUACCAUUUGAGUGCAGCAGCUGACAACAGUUGCAGAAGUUGCUUCAACAUUUUUGAUAACAUAUGUACUAGGUCCGAAUAGAAUGAGUUUAAAUUAAUUCACAAUUUGCAUGUUCUGUGAAGAUUGUUUUGACCCAUUUGCCUUUUAAAAUCCAUGAUCUUCCUCCAGUGGGAAUUACAUUUUGAAGCAAUCUGCAGCAUUUAUUUCUUAUGUCCUAU